GAUACCACCGUCUACUGUAACUCUGACACAAUCCUUGCUGGCGUGUAGAGGGAAUAUACCAGUAAGUAAGCUAGGCGGCGCGGAUUUGGACAACAUGAUCAAUAGGAUAUCCAUUGGGGACUGUGGCAGUGCUACGCACUCUACUGAUAAACACACAGGACGGAUCGUUCUCUGGCAGGUAGCCGGCUAGGGACCUAUACCCACGCGAUGCAGUGUAGUCAUUCGUUUUACCUAUGUAGCUAUUGUUUUGGCUUACGGAAAGCUAAGUGAAGUUAGGUCGUGUCACUUUUUGAAUGGAUAUAUAUAUAAAGGAGCACUGAACUUUACGUUAAGUGUGUGUAUAACGUAGCGAAACGCAGAUUAGGUUUUACCAGAUAUCAGCAAUUUAUAAACAUAUUUCUGGAAAUUAAUUUAUCAUACAUAUCUUCCUAGGAUGCAAGUGGCAAAUAUAACAGUGCUUGGAGAGACCUUUAUUUUGUAGAUUCCACAAUGAAAGGGGCAAUGAGAAUGAGUUCUUAUUGAUUUACACGCGUAUGAAUUGAGAAGACAUUACUUACAGAGGCGCCCCAUUCCCAUGCAUCAAAUCAUCAAUAAGGACUACUGACAUCCGGAAGGGAUGAAGCUGUUCACAGUAGAAGAUCCGUUGCUUUAUGUGGGUCGUGUGAGUCAAAGACUUCUAUAUAUCCGAGAUGGUUUUGGGAAUUAACCAGCACAGUCGUGAACCUACUGUGCUCCCCGUAUUCUCCUAUCUAGUAUCAGCAGCUUAGAAACUGAGGACGCCGUGGCACUAUUCCUGACGACAAUGUCCGUUACUUACACCUUCAACAACAACCAUAAUGAUGUUAACAGUGAUCCAACUACCACUCAGAAUGGAGGAGUGGAGUACUUCAGGGGUUCCACUAAACCCCGUACUGCUAACUGUGACAGCAGGCCACAGGCCAAACCGCACACAAGUAGUUGCGAGAAGGUCGAUCUUACAGUGCAUUUAGCUGGUCAUUCAAACUGUGCAAAACCCUGGACGGCCCGUGAGAAAUACCUGGCCACCAUCUGUCUCCUGCUGUUUGUGGCUGCCGUCUCAUUUGUUAUCAUAGCCUUAAUCAGAGAUGAGAGGUGUAGCAGACCCACCAGUAAUGUGCCUAUACCCAGAAACUAUUGCCUUUCUCAACACUGUGUCCGGACAGCGGCCAUGUUGCUGGAAGCCAUGGAUCUGUCAGUGGAUCCGUGUGAGGACUUUUUUCAAUACGCAUGCGGCAAUUGGAACCGUAAAAAUAUCAUCCCAGACGACAAAUCCAGCUUUAACACCUUCGAGAAGCUUCACGAUGACCUACAAAUAACACUCAAGGGUUUAUUGGAAGAACCGGUGAGUACCGCAGACAGUGAAGCUACCAAGAAAGUGAAGGUUCUGUACAAAUCCUGCAUCAACAUAUCCACGAUAGAGGCAGUAGGAGAUCGGCCGCUAAGACGGGUGUUGGAGGACCUAGGGCGAUGGCCAGUUGUUGAUGACCUUUGGUCAGCUGAUAAUUUCCACCUAGAGGAAGUCCUUGCUAAGAUGCGCGGAAUUUACAAUGCCCCAAUACUCAUUGACUGCUGGGUAGGGGCAGAUGACAAGAACUCGUCACUAAAUAUUAUACAGUUGGACCAGCCAGCCCUGGGAAUGCCUAGCCCGGAGUACUACCUGACAGAUCACAGUUCGGGCUAUAAAGCCGCCUACCUGGAAUACAUGAUACGGUUCGCCGGACUUUUGGGUGCCUCACCAGCACGUGCACGAGAGGACAUGACCAAUGUUUUAAAUUUUGAAACGAAACUGGCAAACGUAACGAAACCGCAAUCGGAGAGGCAUGAUACCGGAGCUCUUUAUAGUAAAAUAGCCAUCAGGGACCUACAGAGACGCGUUCCAAAGUUCGACUGGAUGCGUUAUUUCAGUGUAUUUGUCGAGGAUGCUUUUGAUGAUUCGGAACAAAUCGUUACAUUUGCAACGGAUUAUCUAUCAGUCCUUACUGACCUCAUAGAGGUCACGGACAAGAGAGUUUUGUCAAAUUACAUUCUAUGGCGGGUAAUCAUGGGGUUUGCGCCAGAAAUGACAGAAAUUUACCAGCAAGCUCGGCGAGAAUACCGUCGGGUACUCCAGGGAAUAACGAUGGAUAAACCUCGCUGGCAGAAGUGUGUUGGGUAUGUGAAUGACCGUUUAGGUAUGGCAGUCGGCGCUGUGUUCAUACGAGACAACUUCCGUAAAGAGAGCAAAGAAUCGGCACUGACGAUGAUACACAACAUAAGAGAGGCAUUCAACGAACUGUUGGAGGAGAACGAGUGGAUGGAUGACGCUACACGUGCAGUGGCACGGCAGAAGGCAAACGCAAUGAAUGAAAGAAUCGGAUACCCAGACUUUUUAACAGAACCUGACAAACUCGACGCAAAAUAUGAUAUUCUCCAUUUUCAAGAAGACCAUUACUUUGAGAAUAUACUCAAUGUCGAAUUGUACGAUGCACGAAUGACGAUGACAAAGCUGCGCCAUCUUGUGGACAAAAAUGCAUGGGACCAGGGACCGGCAAUGGUUAAUGCAUUUUACAAUCCAAACACGAACGAUAUAGUGUUUCCUGCUGGUAUUUUACAGCCCUUGUUCUACAGUGAUAAAUUUCCCAAAUCUCUAAACUAUGGCGGUGUCGGCGUGGUGAUCGGACACGAGAUCACUCACGGCUUUGAUGACAAAGGUCGUCAAUACGACAAAAACGGGAACAUGAAACAAUGGUGGAAGAAUGAGACAAUAGAGGCGUUCAGAAAGCAGGCCCAAUGUGUCAUAGACCAGUAUUCCAGUUAUACCCUCGAACAAAUCGGACUUCAUAUUGAUGGUAAAAAUACCCAGGGUGAAAAUAUAGCAGAUAACGGAGGCCUGAAACAGUCAUAUAGGGCCUACAAGAAAUGGGUGGCGAAACACGGGGAAGAAUUACCUUUGCCAAGUUUGGACCUGACACAUGAUCAACUUUUCUUUCUAAAUUAUGGACAGAUAUGGUGUGGCAGCAUGCGCAAUGAAGAAGCUCUGCAUGAGAUUCGAACCUCUGUCCACAGCCCCGGAUCUAUCAGGGUACUGGGUCCAUUGUCUAACUCCAAGGACUUCUCAGAGGCGUAUAAGUGUAAGCCAGGCAGCAGAAUGAACCCAAAGCAUAAAUGUUCAAUAUGGUGAGGAAUUGUAUAUCGAUAUCCUAUCUCAAUCAUCGGCGUAUUUUGAGGGAUGGGUGUGACCUGGUAUUAUCUCAAUCAAGGACGUAUUGUGAAGUUUGGCGCAGCCAACCAGCCUAUCACUCAUUGUCGUGACGUUACGCUUGAGGAAAACAUGCAUUUUCAUUUGGUUAAGAGAGAUUAUCUAUCCACCAAAACCUAUAAUAUUCUAUGGAUGCUAUAGUGGAAAAUAGUGUUAUUUUCCUCUAUAUUAACUACACAACUGAAUGUAAAAGACACUCUGUGAAAACACAGUUGUCCAUUUAUACAAAAACUGUGUUUUGCAUGAUCAGACAUUUGACGUCAGACAUGUUAUUUCUUUCUUUGGAGGCAUUUCAAAUCACUGACUUGAACAAAGAUAUGACAUUGUUUAAUAGAUGCAUUAUGUAUUGAAAUUAUUUUAAAGUAUUGGUGAUAUUCUUAUAACACAUGUUUGUUGUAGUUGACGUGUGUGUUUGGUACGUAAUUAAGCCACUUUAUUUGGCCAGAAUUUCUUACUUACUUGUACAUUGAUUAAUGUCUAAUAUCGAGUACAUGUAGAGUAUGUGUAUGUAUUUAUAUAGUAUGCGCUCUUCGAUGAAUCAAAUGUUUAUCAUAGAUAUCGUGGUUGUUUUUUUAUUAUGGAUAUCAUUUUGGUAGAUUAAUAUUUUA